AGCUAUAUAAUUCAGUCCCAGUGGCUCCCCAUUUUCGUCGUCAUAAGUCUCUCUUUCUUUCUUACUUUCUUCAAAAUUAAAAAAAAAAAUGGCGGCACUAGUUUCUGCAUCAUCCCCCAUGCUUGAUCUCGACGUUGAUAAACUCACCUACGAAAUCUUCUCCCUUCUUGAAAACAAGUUCCUCUUCGGCUACGAGAAUCACCAUCCCAAUUCCAAUCCGAAGCUUUCUCACUCCGUCUCGCUUUCUCGAGACUCCUUCAAGUCCUCCACCAAACACAACCCGCCCGCCUCCAAAGUCAGGAUCCUCUCCAUCGACGGACGCGGUUCCACCGAUGGAAUCCUAGCCGCCACCUCCCUCGCCCGCCUCGAGUCCUUUCUCCGCGGCAAAUCCGGCAACCCAGAUGCUGGCAUUGCCGACUUUUUUGACGUCGUGGCCGGCUCCGGCGCCGGUGGUAUCCUCGCUGCCCUUCUCUUCACUCGCGGUAGAGACGGUGCCCCCAUGUUCACUGCCGACCAGGCCCUCAGAUUCCUCAUCCGGAACCAACACAAGAUCUUUCGGUCCUCGCCGUCGGGGAUAUUCAGGCGGAUCAUCCGGACGGAAAAGGCCGAAAAGCUAUUCCGUAAGACAUUCGGAGAGUCCACCCUGAAGGACACCCUGAAGUCGGUCCUGAUUCCCUGCUACGACCUCUCCACGAACGCGCCAUUUCUCUUUUCCCGCGCGGACGCCCUGGAAAUGGACGGCUACGAUUUCAAGAUGAGGGACGUGUGCGCCGCCACUUUGACUGCACGGCCAGUCAAUAUAGCGUCGGUGGAUCGGAGGACGAGGAUCGCCGCCAUGAACGGCGAGAUCGCAAUGAACAAUCCGACGGCCGCGGCCAUUACUCACGUGCUGCACAACAAGCUGGAGUUCCCGCUCUGUAACGGAGUGGAGGAUCUUCUUGUCGUGUCACUUGGAAACGCGCAGUCUGAACUGGGUAUUGGAAAUAUCACUUCGUCGCCGUUUGGGCUUGUAAAGAUAGCCGGAGAAGGAGCUUCCGACGUGGUUGAUCAAGCAGUUUCAAUGGCAUUUGGUCAGUGGCGAACAAGUAAUUAUGUUCGCAUUCAGGCGAAUAUUGGUACUCCAGCUAGAAAACAUGGUACUUUUGACUCCAAUUUAUUGGCCGUCGCCGAGAACAUGUUAACCGAGAAAAAUGUGGAGUCUGUGUUGUUUCAAGGGAGGAAGAUGGUGGAGAGCACAAAUUUAGAGAAACUGGAACUGUUUGCUGGAGAGGUGAUAAAAGAACAAGAGAGGAGAAAAACCAGCAUCUUGGCCACUGUGGUGUUGAAGCAAGCGUCGCCUUCGCCAAGAACAUCUUCCGCCACCACUCUGUCGACCCUUUCUUCUUCCUAGUUUGGUUUAAUAUUAACGGAAGGAGAAAAACAUAAAGAAAAAGGUUGCUAAUUAGUCGAGUUUUGUUGUCAUGUUACUAUGCGUGCGCAGCCGCUCGUGUUGUAUGAAUGAUAUAGGCAUGCGUCCGAGUCUGAGCUGAGCUGAGCGGACUUAUAAUUUUUUUUUUAAUUAUAUUUAUUUGGUAGUUUUAUGUAAAUUUAUUGUAUUUUGUCGAUUGUUUAUAUGGAGUUAUCGUGAGAACAUUUGGUGUAAAUUUCAAUGAAAUCAAAGAUUCUGCUUCUUGGGUA